GUGAGAUUAGUCCAGUCUCAACUGUUGCACAGCUCCGACUAGUAGCACUACUAUCGUCUGAUUUGAAUAUUUAAACCAAAAAAAAAAAAAAGGCAGUGAAAAACAGAGAAUAGUGUGAUCGAACGGCCGAAUUUUCGAUUUUGGUUUCCAUCGUUUCCUGAUUAUCAAAGUUCAAUCAGUUGCGUAACCAUCCAAACGGAGUCAAACGGCAAGCGAUCGUUACUCUUGAUCAUCGGAAUGAACGGGCCGAGCAGUGAGACGUGGAACAUGUCGAGCGACGGCCGAGUUCGUCUCCAUCGCGUCCAGGAAGACCGGAAUUCCUUGGACAAUUUCCUGACGUUGCCGGACGAUCAGCCAGGAUCCCAUCGGGAACGUUCUCCGACGCGCCAUCAGAAUGGCUCCAAUCGCAAACACAGAUCUCUGUCAACUCCCAAGACAACUGGAUGUUCGAGCAGCGGUCGCAAUCCUUCAUCGGCCAAGCCUAAGAAAGCCAGACGCUAUUUGGGCACGGCCAGCACGUCCCUGACAUCCAUCCCCAAUGCCAUCAAGCUGUCGAUGCUCAACAGCGGUCUCCUCUCUGUCGCUGAAGAAGGGAAUGCAAUGGCCGCCAUAGCCGACAAGCCGGUCGAAGUGGCUAAUUUUGUCAAGCAUUGCGAACAAAGGAGAAAGUACCCAGUACUUCUCCGUGUCGAAUUUCAAACGGCGUGCAAAGUGGAGGGUCAUUCGACUCGCCACGGCUCCAAGCCAGAAAACAGACCAAAAAAUCAAAACCAGAAAAUCAUUCCCUAUGACUAUAACCGCGUUGUGCUCGACCUACAACCUGGAAUUCCAGACUCGGAUUACGUCAACGGUAGCUAUGUCGAUAGUAUCCUCAAACCAAAUGCCUACGUGGUGACUCAGGGACCGAACGAGAGGACCGUUUCCGAUUUUUGGCGCCUCGUCUGGCAAGUUCACGCCAGCUGCAUCGUCAUGCUCACCAAGACUUUCGAUUUUAUCAAAGUCAUGUGUGUUCAAUAUUGGCCGGCAUCCAAGGGGAAAGAGGAGGUCUACGACGGCAUCACUGUUAGUUACAAUCACGAGGAGCAGUUGGCCAAUUUCGUCAUUCGCAAUUUCAAAAUCACGAAAGAAGGGCCCAAAGGGAAAGAAGAGAGGACGUUGCUCCAGUUUCACUACACGGAAUGGCAUUCUCACACUUGUCCGUAUUCCAACAACAUUGUGGAAUUCCGACGUCGAGUGCGGGCUGCACUACUCAGCACUUCCAUUACCCACAGCACUGGGCCCAUGGUCGUUCAUUGCAACGAUGGAGGUGGCAGAUCUGGCGUAUUCAUGGCUAUCGACGCCAAUAUGGAACUGGUAGAAGAGGACGGCCUUAUUGACAUCUUCGGCUACAUGAAAAAACUGCGCCAGGCUCGACGCGGCCUUGUGGAAACACUGGAGCAAUUCAAGUUCAUCUAUGACACGUUGGAAGAGAGCAUCACGUGCGGAUGGUCCUGGUUUCCCGUUUCCGAAUUGACAACCCGUCUCAAACAGAAAUCUAUCCGAUAUCCAGUCACGAAAAUGAACGAAUAUCAGAGAGAAUAUGCUCAAAUCUGCAAACUAACUCCGCGUUUCACCAUUGGCGAUUGUGCUGGAGGACACAGAUCAGACAAUCGCCAUAAAAAUCGUGACGUCCUCAUCAUACCACCCGACAACUUCCGGCCUUAUUUAACGUCUUUCCAAGGCAACAGCUUCACCGACUACAUCAACGCUGUCUUUAUUGACGGAUAUACUCGUCCUCGUGAAUACAUUGUAACUGAAUGGCCCUUACCACACACACUCGGCGAUCUCUGGUCUCUCGUGUACGAUUACGAUUGCAGCGCUGUUGUUGUUCUAACAAACCCACCUCCCAGUUCGAGUUUCCCCGCAUUUUGGCCUGACGGUCGUCGUUCCGUCAAGUACGGCCCUGUUUUCACCGUUGAUCAUGUCUCCCACAAUCAUUAUCCAAACAUCAAAAGCUGGAUCUUUCGUAUCAACAAGAAGGAUAUUGCUCCUCAUCGAAGAACAUUAGCUGAAAUUGUUGACGAGACCCGAAAGGCGAAUCAUAGACAUAACGGAAAGAUUGUUUCGCUGACAGAGUUAAUGGCAGGCGUUAAAGCCACACCAAAAACCUGUCAAUUAUUCCAGCUCAUGUGCUGGCCAGAGGGACAUAAAGUUCCCACGUCCACCAACGCACUAGUUGAAUUAAUGAACAUGGUGGAACGAUGGAGGCAGCGAACAGAUUACGGACCUGUUGUCGUCAUUUCUUCGGACGGAACAUCUCGCGUUGGAGUUUAUUUUGCAGCCAACGCUUGCAUAGAACAAGUUAUCCAACACGGUGAAGUGGACGUCUUCCAGGCGGUCAAGAAUGUUAGAAGACACCGGCCUCAGCUGGUUGAAAAUUUGACCGAGUUUAAAUAUUGCUAUGAUCUGGUUCUCCACUACGUCCUCCACUAUUUGCAUCGAGAUGGAUCCAAGAAAUGAAAAGCUGUUCUUGCCGUGGGGCUUUUUGGGUGUGCUGUAACAGCACAUUUGAGUGCGUCUCCAUUUAACGUUAUAAACUGUGUCAUUUAUAGUAGAGCAUAGAUAAGCCACUCGAGUCUUCCUUGUAUAAAUUUACCGAGUUAUUGACAACUUUUUAUUUCUUAAAAAAAAAGAAGAAGGGAAAAAAAAGAUCAAAAAAAGAAAUAAACUGAAUUAUAGGUUGCUAUUGGCUACCAGUGAUCCUGGGCAACUGCGAAAUUGACAAGUUCGUAAAAAAAGCAUUGUAGGAGAUUUUUUCUACGAAACAUAUCCUUCGUUUUUCCUCUUUCGAUCUUGUGAGUGUUCGCUGGAGAUUGCGAUCAAUAGGUAGAUCUAAACGCAAUCAAAGUAUGUUGGAACCCGUAAAAUUCAAAAGAUGGCUUGAACUAUUGGCAAUCUUUUGUGUAAACUUUAGUCAAUCUUUGGCGUGAAAGACGAGAUUGACAUUUGCUUGUAUAGAUCCUAUGACGGAUGACUGCAUGUUUUUCGUAUUAGAUAGAGUAUUUUAUUGUAUUGUCAGUGUAAACCA